CCGAACCCAUUCUAAAUAAAAAUAAUAAAAUUUAAGACUUAAUAGCGUUAACAACUCCAAGUUAACGAAGACUAGUGUUAAUCCCCUCCCGAAGAGAACUAGGCAAACUGUCAAUGGCGGGCGGGGACAUUGUGGAGCUCCAAAGAAACUCUGCCAAGUGGGUAACAAUAGUGGAAGACAUAGUGAAGCUAGAGAGGAAGAUCUUUCCGAAACAUGAAUCGCUUGCUAGAAGCUUUGAUGAAGAACUGAAAAAGAAGAACAGUGGGUUGCUUUACAUCGAGUUAGAUGGUUCAGUUGCCGGCUAUGUCAUGUACUCUUGGCCUUCUUCCCUGUACGCUUCUAUCACAAAGCUCGCAGUGAAGGAUAGUUGCAGGAGGCAAGGCUAUGGAGAGGCACUGCUGACAGCGGCCAUUCAGAAAUGCCGAACCCGAAACGUGGGGAGAAUAUCACUUCAUGUUGAUCCUUUGAGGACUCCUGCCAUGAAUCUUUACAAGAAACUCGGUUUCAAAGUUGAUAACCUCAUACAAGGGUACUACUCGUCGGAUCGGAAUGCCUACAGACUGUACUUGGAUUUUGAUGCCAGCUAGUGAAAUUGAGAUACUUAAUCGCAGCAGCAGUAGAGACUCGUCACACAUAAUCACUAAGGAAGUCGGAGCUCUUAACUCCCAACUCUCCAUGGAUGGAUGAAUUGUCGAAUCUCUUAAAUUCUAACUUGUUUUUUGGUUUCUUUUUUUUUUGAAAUUUCUGAGAGAGAAUCCCUUCAAGUACUUGCUCUUUGCAUUUACAUGAACUUUUGAAAAACUUGCAAUCAAAGCACGUAUGCACAUCCUUAGAAAAGUCCUUCAGAAUGGAUGUGAGGGCGGCAUGAGCCUCCUCCUAA